AUGUCAGACAGUGACAUUGAGAAGGAGAAGAGGAAGAAAAACUUCUCCGUGGAUGAGAGGGUGAUCCUGACCACGGGCAUUGCCAAGUAUGACACCUACCUCCACGGAGCACAGAGCGGGAGGACAAGCAAGCCCAGGAAACUGGAAAUCUUGCAGAGGGUGACCCUGGAGCUGAACACCCUCGGCCACGAAACCAGGACAUGGAAGGAGGUCCAGAAAAAAAUAAAUGACAUGUGUCGUCGUGUCAGGGAAAAGCUGGCAAAGAUGAAGAGGCACCUCAGGACCACGGGAGGCGGAUCAGCUAAUGUGCUGGAAGGAGAUGGGCCAUCAUCUGCCUCUGGACGACCCACGCCAGGCAACCAACAUGUUCCUCAGUCUGACCCCCUGGGAAGCCACGAAGCUUCUCAACAUGCUGUGGCUGCAGCAACGGUGGAGGGGAGUGCACACACAUGUGCAUUGGAGGUCGUUGUGGAGGAGCCAGUGGACAUCCAACAGGAGGACUGCCUGUACCUCGAUGAUGAGGAGACCAUCUGCGCCGGACCCUCUGAGACAGUGGAAGUCGCAGACCUCCCAACGACAUCGACGCCCAUCAGGGGAACCCCCCCGAGGGCCACCCUGGCCAGAGGAACGCCACCGACUGCAACUCCCAGGAAGGCCCUGAGCAAGACCAGGGGUGCAGCCGGAUCCGUCCAAGAAGGGCUCGAGAGGGAACAGGCCCACCAGACACGGCGCAUGGCAGACAUUGCCAUCGACCUCCACCGUGUGGCUGAGAGCCUAGCCUCCGUCGUCGGGUCCUCGGCGAAAGGCACAGGCUGA